AUGUCUGAGUCAGGGUCUUCUUCUACACCGCCCUUGAAGAAUCCGAAGCUCAGCGCGAUGAGUAAGGCUUUCUCGCAAGUAGACCUGGACGGACAUGAUCUCCCACCGUCACCUGCUCCGUCCAGUCCGAGAAGUGGUCGGCAAUACGCAAUUGCGACGCAAUUGGUCUAUUCCGAAGGGAACGACCAGUACAAUGCAAGCAGUGUUCCCAUAUACCAGUCCGCCACCUUUAAACAGACCUCUGCCACCGGCGGCGUCUCCGAUUACGACUACACUCGCAGCGGCAAUCCAACCCGCACCCACUUGGAAAAACACCUGGCAAAGAUCAUGCGCGCCAAAAGGGCUCUUGUCGUCUCUUCUGGCAUGGGUGCACUUGAUGUCAUUACUCGACAGCUGAAGCCGGGCGACGAAGUCGUGACUGGCGACGAUCUAUACGGAGGAACGAACAGAUUACUCAAGUACCUCUCCACACACGGCGGUAUCAUCGUUCACCACGUCGAUACCACUACACCUGAGAAGGUGAAGGAGGUGUUGAAUGAGAAGACUGCCAUGGUACUGCUUGAGACACCUACCAACCCUCUGAUCAAGAUUGUGGAUAUCCCUACCAUUGCGAGUUACGCCCACGCCGCCAACCCAUCCUCUCUUGUGAUUGUGGACAAUACAAUGCUGUCUCCCCUGCUCCAAAAUCCUUUGGAACUCGGUGCAGAUGUUGUCUAUGAGUCUGGCACGAAGUAUCUCUCAGGCCAUCACGACUUGAUGGCUGGCGUUCUCGCCGUCAACGACGAAGCGUUAGGCGAGAAAUUUUACUUCACCAUUAAUGCCUCGGGAUGUGGCCUCGCUCCGUUUGACUGCUGGCUCCUCAUGCGGGGGAUCAAGACGUUGAAGGUCCGCAUGGACGCACAGCAGGCAAAUGCCAUGAUGAUUGCCCAGUUCCUUGAGUCCGCAGGCUUUAAAGUCCGUUACCCUGGGCUCAAGAGCCAUCCUCAGUAUGAUCUCUUCCACUCCAUGGCCCGCGGACCCGGCGCAGUCUUGUCAUUCGAGACUGGGGACAUCCAAUUGUCAGAGCGGAUUGUCGAAUCUGCGAAACUAUGGGCCAUCAGUGUGAGUUUCGGUUGCGUCAACUCUCUCAUCAGCAUGCCGUGCCGCAUGAGCCACGCCAGCAUUGAUGCCAAGACCCGCAAAGAGCGCGGGGUGCCUGAAGAUUUGAUCCGAUUGUGUGUAGGCAUCGAAGAUGGGGAGGAUCUUUUGGAUGAUUUACGGGGUGCACUAGUGCAGUCUGGCGCUAUGAAUGUCACGCUUGAUGGAAUCUAUGCAAAGAAUGCCACGGUUGGGGAUGAGCACUCCGACGAAGGCGAGCAUUUGGCAGCAAAAGCUGCGGCAAUCAACGAACCUUGA